AUUAUUUAGUCAAGUUUUUGAUAGUAUGUAUAGAGCACGUUGGUCUAGUAAGUUGAUACUAAAACACCAACCACCGUCACUCGAUUCAGCUUCGUUUUUGUAAGACAAUGUUGAAUGCCUCUGAUCCAAAUUACGAUUUUUAUCUGACGAUAAUCGUGGACAAAGCAUACUGGUCGAGUUUGGCUGCAGCAGGAUUCAUUUUAGCGAGUAUCAUUAUUAUAGCAAAUUCAGCCCUGCUCUUCACGACAUAUAAAGAUCCUCAAAAGUCGCUCCGAAAAUUACCUGCGGUUUUACUGAUCACAAAUUUGAGCCUGUCUGAUCUUCUGUUGGGGUCUUUGAAUGUUUUCCUGGUUGCUUUGAGAGAUGUGUUUCGAUCUAGACUCGAACACAUACCUCACAUUGUGGUUUUUAAGUCGAUCGUGUACACAGUGCUCUCUACGACUCUAUUUGUAAGCAGUUAUUCCAUUAUCGCCAUGUCAAUAGCUUGUUACGUAGCGAUCAACUCUCCCGUGGAUUACAAAUCAAUUAUUACAAAGGGAAGACUCAAGGUGUUUAUCGCUGUAUUAUGGUUUGCAUCCAUCGCAAUGUGUUCACUUCCUCUAACUCGCUUAUCAGAGGAAACGUACACACUUAUAUACCUUCAUACUCACAUUUCUCUGCCUGCCGUAUUUUUAACGUUCAUCUACGCCAACGUUUUCCUCUCUCUCGUUUCUCAAACGCGUGAACUUCAAACUGGUGGGUACGAUUCUGUCGCGAGGUACUCCUUAGAACGUGAGAGACGAAUGGCCAUUACAAUUGCAAUCAUUCUAGCGUUGUUUUACAUCACAUAUAUUCCACAAUACGUCACUCUUCAUUUGUUGUACUUUUGCAAUCGCUGCCAGCAAUCGGUAACUUUUCACAAGAUCGACGUAGCGUCUUCCAGAUUUUUGUACAUAAAUUCGGCCAUAAAUCCCUUCAUCUACGCUUGGAGAGUCUCCCAGUAUCGCCGAGCGUUUUUACAAGUUUGGCAGAGUUUUUUCGGAACCUCAGGAGCUACUUCACAAUCUUCAUCGUCGCUCAACUCGACGCAGAGACGUACUGCUUUUAGUGCACACAGUCCAGGGAUAGGGAGACCUUUGUAUGGCAAGGCAAAGGCUGAUUGUGAAAGAUGUGGAACAACCAGCGUUUGAAAUGCGAAAAGGGUAACAUUCGUUAAUCACUUAUUGAUGACAGAUUUUAGGAUGGAGUUGAUUUACAGUAAAAAGUUCCCGUUUUUUCCAGCACUGUUUUAGUUCAAUGAUUGCCUAAGCGAGAAGGAUAUCGAACCCUGCUAGCUCGACACACCGAGAAGCUCGAGUUAGCAGACUGAAAGUGAAAAAAAGUGUUCCUCAAAGGAAUUGGCUUCAAGUUCGAGCUGGCGAAAGGUUCGAAUUAACUGCUUUCAAGCCGUCUACCCUUGAAAGUUCGCUUUAACAUAUGAAUUGUUAAUGUAAAUUAUUAAUGAAAAAUUGCCAGCAAAUUAAAAUGAUAAACAAACCAAUUCAUCUGUGUGAGCACUUGUGCUCUUUCUCACCUGAGUUAAUUACGUAUGUAAGUGCAAAUGCGAACAGCUUCCAGGCUGUUACGUGCGCAGGUAUCGGCUCAAUUCCUUUUGAAAUCUCGGUAGAAUCUCACGAUUGAUGUUCACGCUUUUUGUUUUUUACUCUCUUUUUUCCGUAGAUGGAAUUCUCUUUUGUAAUUGUAAUGAAGUUGUAGU